AUGGAAUAUCAUGGAUGGUCUGGUAUAGAGGAGGAUAUUGUCGGGAUAUUAGGACAGAAACUAGUGGAUUUUGGUGGGAAGAGCUUGGACCAUAUUAAAAAACUGUUGGGUGGUAACAUUUGUGGAUUGAGUGCUAAAGAGGGAACAUUUGUGGCUGGACUGUUCACGUUGACUACAUUAAUCUUGCAUAUGAUCUUUGAAGUAGCCAUGUUUGUUAUUACAAGUUGUGGACAAACUGCACCGAUUCCGAGGUUGAAAAGAAAGCUGAUUUGUAACUAUGUCGUAUCAACAGGCCUUAUUAGUGCGGGCAUCAUUGCUGUUUUUAACCUGUUUCUGUCUGUCUGGAAGGAGAUACUCUGGGGAGUAGGAGGCUACAUCAUUUGGAUCUUCUUGUACGAGAUUGGACAGAUUUGCCUCCUCACGAGUAUUCUAAAUUUCCAGAAGCCAUGCAUGCUAUGA